AGAUAACAAAAUAGUUUUCGGUAAAUCACAUCAUCUCCCGGGUUUCUCGUGCUACAGAUCGCAUCAUCUUCCGCAUUUCUCUUGCUCUAACAUGCUCUCUAACGCCAUGACUGCCAUCUUGACAUCUGUGUUUGGCCGAUAUACACUUUCCAGCCAAUGCCAGUAGCUUCUCGGCAUGAUAUCCGAUCACCCCCUAAAAUGCCAAAACGUAAGAAGUACAGCCUCUCGAAGCCCAAUACAUCCACAAAAAUAGUGGCACCGUGGCGAGCAAGCCAAACACUGGAGCAACAGGAGUCUCAACAAGAAAUAAACAAGGAAUGCACCGCAGCUGCAAGGAUUUGGGAGACACUUAAGGAGCGGGAUUCUCGACAAGUCAGAAACCGAAUGUCUACUGAGCAGGCUGAGGAAACGUCUGAACAGCAUGCAUCUGGACAAGUCACAGAUCGAAGGUCCGUGGCAGCAAUCAGAGACAAUGAAGUACCAAAACAAGAAGGGAGCGCCAAAGGCAAGACCAACAUGCUCCUGCUGCUGCAAGAACAAGAAGAAAUAACUCUAACUGGAACAGAGCUGCUUUAA